CGCUGCGCAGUUCCGUCCUUUUCCCAUCGUGCUAGGGGUGACCCGGUGACCCGGACAUCUUUCGUCGCCGGUUUUAUCACGCAAAGGUCUGCGUAGCCAAGGGUCCGGGGCAACUAAUGGGGGUCCCGGCAUUUUUCCGGUGGCUGAGCCGCAAAUACCCCUCCAUCAUCGUGUCCUGCACUGAGGAAAAGGCUAAAGAAUGUAAUGGUAUCAAAAUUCCAGUUGACACUAGUAAACCGAAUCCCAAUGAAGUGGAAUUUGAUAAUUUAUACUUGGAUAUGAAUGGCAUUAUUCAUCCUUGUACACAUCCUGAGGACAAGCCAGCACCCAAAAAUGAAGAUGAAAUGAUGGUUGCAAUUUUUGAGUAUAUUGAUAGGCUAUUCAACAUUGUGAGACCAAGGCGACUUCUCUACAUGGCAAUAGAUGGAGUGGCUCCCCGGGCAAAGAUGAAUCAACAAAGAUCUAGAAGAUUCAGAGCAUCAAAAGAAGGAAUGGAGGGUGCAGAAGAGAAACAGAGAAUUAGGCAAGAAAUUAUAGAGAAAGGUGGCUUUCUACCUCCAGAAGAAAUUAAGGAAAGAUUUGACAGCAAUUGCAUAACUCCAGGAACAGAAUUUAUGGAUAAUCUUGCUAAAUGUCUUCGUUAUUAUAUUGCUGAUCGUUUAAAUAAUGAUCCGGGAUGGAAAAACUUAACGGUUAUUUUAUCUGAUGCAAGUGCUCCAGGUGAGGGUGAACACAAAAUAAUGGAUUACAUACGAAGGCAAAGAGCCCAGCCAAACCAUGAUCCAAAUACUCACCACUGUUUAUGUGGUGCUGAUGCUGACCUUAUUAUGCUUGGAUUAGCUACUCAUGAACCAAAUUUUACUAUAAUCAGAGAAGAAUUUAAGCCUAAUAAACCUAAACCAUGUGGUCUUUGUAACCAAUUUGGACAUGAAAUUAAGGACUGUCAAGGCCUACCAAGGGAAAAACAAGGGGAGCACGAUCAGUUUGCAGAUUGUCCUCCUGGUAUGGAACAAGAAUUUAUAUUUAUUCGCUUAUGUGUUUUGAGAGAAUAUUUGGAAAGAGAGCUAACAAUGGCCAGCUUGCCUUUCACUUUUGAUGUUGAAAGAAGCAUCGAUGACUGGGUUUUCAUGUGUUUCUUUGUGGGAAAUGAUUUUCUCCCUCAUUUACCCUCAUUAGAGAUCAGGGAAGGAGCAAUCGAUCGCCUGGUGAACAUAUAUAAAAAUGUUGUGCACAAAACUGGAGGUUAUCUUACCGAAAAUGGUUAUGUCAACUUGGAGAGAGUACAGAUGAUAAUGUUGGCUGUUGGAGAAGUUGAAGAUAGCAUUUUUAAGAAGCGGAAAGAUGAUGAGGAAAAUUUCAAAAGAAGGCAAAAAGAAAAAAGAAAAAGAAUGAAGAGGGAACAACAUACUAUGCUUGGUGGACAAUACACCCCACAACCUUUAGGAAGAGGAAACAGGUCAAGCCAUCAACCAAUUAGUAAUCCAAGACACACAGCCUAUGAAAUGAGAAUGCAGGACAGACAAAACACUACUCCUUCAGUUUCUCCUAAUUUGAGCUUCACAUCUGAUGGUACGCCAUCCCCAGCAGGAGGAAUUAAGCGAAAAAUAGAGGACAGUGACAGUGAACCAGAGCCUGAAGAUAAUGUCAGGUUAUGGGAAGCUGGCUGGAAACAGCGCUAUUACAAGAACAAAUUUGAUGUUGAUAUCAACGAUAAGAAGUUUCGUCGUAAAGUUGUACAGUCUUAUGUGGAAGGGCUUUGCUGGGUUCUCCGAUACUAUUAUCAGGGGUGCGCUUCCUGGAAAUGGUAUUAUCCUUUCCACUAUGCACCAUUUGCUUCAGAUUUUGAAGGUAUUGCAGACAUGGUCUCAGAUUUUGAGAAAGGAACCAACCCAUUCAGACCUCUGGAACAACUGAUGGGUGUCUUCCCAGCUGCCAGCGGUAAUUUCCUCCCACCAACAUGGCGGAAACUUAUGACUGAUCCAGAUUCAAGUAUAAUUGACUUCUAUCCUGAGGACUUCGCUAUUGAUCUGAAUGGGAAAAAAUUUGCUUGGCAAGGGGUUGCUCUGUUGCCUUUUGUUGAUGAACGCCGUCUAAGAGCUGCUUUGACACAGGUGUAUCCCAACCUCACUUCUGAAGAAACCAGAAGAAAUAGUCUUGGUGGUGAUAUCCUUUUUGUUGGGAAACAUCAUCAGCUUCAUGACUUCAUUCUUGAACAGUAUAAGUCUAAUGAAAAAGAGCCAGUAGAUAUACCCCCUGAACUGUGUCAUGGAAUACAGGGAGAGCUCACCUUGAAUGAAUAUCCCAUCCUUCCAGAUGAAUCAGUGCAAUCUCCUGUACCGCUGCUGCGUGAUCUGACACAGAAUUCUGCCAUAAGUAUCAACUUUAAAGAUCCACAAUACCAAGACGACUAUAUUUUUAAGGCAGUUGUAUUAUCUGGAGCAAAAAAACCUGCAGCUGUUCUGAAGCCAGGUGACUGGGAGAAAUCUAAUAAUGAUGGCAGGUCUUGGAAGCCACAGCUUGGCUUUAAUCGUGAUAGGAGACAGGUUCACUUGGACCAGUCAGCAUUCAGAACAUUAGGACAUGCAAUGUCAAGGGACAGAGGACAAUCAGGAAGUGGAGUAUACAGUAAUAUUGGCCCCCCUGGGGCUUACAAUCAAGGAAACACGUAUAGACCAUUGCUAGGCAGACCACAGCAUCAGAUUCCCAAAUUGCUGUCAAAUCUUAGGCCCCAAGAUUCCUGGCAAGCUCCUACACCUCUAUUUCAACAACCACCACAAAGAUUUGACAGGAAUUCUGGAGCCACUCCUCUUCUUGCCUGGAACCGCAUGCCCCAUUCCCAGGGAUCACCAUAUCAACAAAAUCAAUAUCAAGGUCCAGGGGGUCCAGGGGGACUCAUGAAUUACCCACAAAGGCCCAGUGAUCAGAGGGAACGUGGAAGACAGGGUUAUGGAAGACCUUACCCUUUGCCACCCUCGUCUGGAAGAUACAACUGGAAUUAGGCUUCUGCCACUUUCCACUCUUGUUUUUAUAAUCAUAUAGAUCACUUGGAUAAUUUUCGGGUGGAUAAGCUUUCUUUUUAAGAUGUGUACCUUUUUACCAGUAAGAUUUGAUAUUAUGGCUGUGUUGAUUUACAAUUGUACUUCAGAAUAGGAGCAAAUGUUCUGAUCUGAUGUAGCAGGAGUACAGGUCUGUCUUUACCUAGAGUAGAGACUUUAUUACAUUAUAUUGCCAAUGCUGUUCACAUCAGGGUUUCCAUUAGCGCACACACCAGAGAAUGCAUUGUUAAGAAAAAUAGCAUUGGAAACAUACAUACAAAUUAUGUAACUGUAGACCUUGUCUUGGAAAGCUUUAGCACAAGAGUUAAAGACUUCAUUGGUAUUUCUUUUAAAAUGCUUCAUUUUAAUUUCUUCCUUUAAAAAAUGAUUAUUGAAUUUCCCAAGUAAAUAUUUCAGCUUUUAUAGCAUCAUGUUGUUUAUUUCAUAUUGUAGCAUUAAAAAGAAUAGGAAUUCUUAGGUGUAGCUCAAUCAAGAUUGUAUUUUAUCAGUUUACAUGAAAAAAUAUGAAUUGGUGAAUUUUAUACACAAUAAUUUUAUGUACUUUUUUGUCUCCAGUCAAGAGCAGUGCGUGUGAGCCUUAAGUUUAUCUAAAUCUUACCUUGCUUAAUGACAUUUAUACUGCAUGUAUAUAUACAAAUACAAAGGUGAACAAUAUGUGGUUACCCAUAUAUUGAUGAAUUACUAUUCCAAUAACUAUAGCUAUAUGGCCAAUACUAAAGAAGGUAUUGUUUCUGCAAAUAUCUGAAAUUCCUGUUCGUCCACUAAACGUUACCCAAAGCAUCAAGGCACACUAUUAGUUACACAUAUACACUUCUUUCAACAAAAAGUUUCUUGGCAGAACUACAGAGAGGAGCGCAAGAUAAUUCUAUAUGGGACAUGUUAGAGAAAGAUACUGUAAAUCCAGUAACAGUUGAAUCCCACAUUUUUUUCAAGAAACCAUUGAAAAUAACUUGCAGUUUAAAACUUAAAAUUUAAAGAAAUUGCAUAUUCGGGCUUAUUUGUAUGUUCCCUUUCAAUAGUUUUUCCUUGUAUCUGUAAAUGAGCUGUCAAAUGUCCAGGAUUAAGAGAGCACUGGUGUCACUUCCAAGUGCAGUAUACUUUGAUAUAUUUUGAGAUAACCAUCUAAAUUAGCUAUUGAGAAAUUGAAUGAAGAAUAUGCACUUUGCCUUCUAGUCCUUAGCACAGAUUUAAUUUAAAAAUGAAGAUUUUUAACCCAGGUCCCAACAGAAAUGGUAAGGAACUCCUUAUUUUAAAAAAUGCUUCAUAUUUUUCUAGGCCUAAAGGGGUAAAGUUCUUUCAAAUUGAACUCGACUCCUGGGGCUUAAUGGCCUUGGUUCAAUUCUUAAAAUUUAAUGGAAUGAUACAAUGAACUUUACUGAUUUAAAAAAAAAACUAAAGAAAAUUGGCUGAGAAGAAAUCUAUUCAGACAAAAUAAUUUCAUUCUAGCAUCUCUAGAUUCCAUUCAUUCCCCUUGCUUCUCUGAUUUAAGAGUUUAAAUGUAUUUAGGAUGGAACUAGAAUUAAAUUGUCAUUCUGUGUUAUAGGAAUUGCUGACAAUUUGUAAUAUUGGAAUAGUAUUCAUCUGUAGGAAUAAUUUUAAAUAUUUGAAAACAACUGCAGCCAUUCCUUGUUUCGCAACUACCUCAGGAAGUAUUUGCAAAUUUGUCAAUAGUAAAAAGAAAAUCAUUUUCUGACUAAUGCACACACUUAAAUCAAAUUUCUGUUCCUGGCAAUGCAUGCCAGAGUUGAGAAUAAUGCUGGCAAAGCUGCACAAGAGAAUUUUAUAUUUUACCUGAAUGAGACCACAAUCAGCAAUCUUCACAGCAUCUCUUUCUCUCUCGUUCUCUUAGUGACAUUUUGCUUAACAACAAAGUUGCUAGAAUUGAUUGCAGUUGUGAAAGAGAAGCAGAGGAGAUGUAUAGUAUAUACAGCUCCACUGAAAUAGUUAGAAAUGCAGAUACUUGCUCUUUGAAACAUGAGAUGAAAAGGGGUGAAAUAUAUAGGUGAUUAUAUGAUAAUUUCUGGACUAACAUAUGUUGCUUACUUUGAGUAAAGAAACCUAAGAACUUAUAUGCACAAUCAGUGUUUACUAUCUUCAGCACUUACUACAGGAUAGCUUAUUUACUUACACUAUGGAAGAUAUGAGCCAAUAAAAAUGGCAACAUUUUUAA